AUGGAAGGGGCAAAUCGACUCCCAGCUCCCACCUUCUCUCCCCCUCUCUAUCACCUAUACCCCUUGCCGCUUUCCUCCUCUGCCUCGCGUCUCCUCCGCUCAUCCCCAAUACAAAAGCUAGCGAUUGUGGACGAUGGUGACUGUGAGCUUCGGGAAUCUGGCGGUGACGGUGAGCUUCGGUUUCGGAGUCAAGGGAAGAUGAAUGGUGGGAGUGGUUGCGUAGCCAGAUCUCCUGAUCGGCAUGCCUCAAUCAACAUCACCACACCACCAUAG